AUGACUGAGCCUAUCCUUAUCAUCGGUGCCGGUGUGAGUGGUCUCGUCUUAGCACAGUACCUUCAAAGCCAUGAUAUUCCUUUCAAGAUCUUCGACCGGGACUCCGCCGUUGAUGCACGGAGUGGUGGGUGGGGGUUGACUCUGCACUGGUCACUUCCUGCGCUCCGCGAGCUGCUACCAAAACACCUCGUCGAUCGUUUCCCCGAAACUUUCGUCAACAAAGAAGCAUCGGCUCGGGGUGACACCGGCCGCUUUCAAUUCUUCGACCUCAAGUCCGGAAAUGCGCUGUACGAUAUCCCUGCCGCCGAGCGCAUUCGAGUCAGUCGAGUACGACUUCGUGAUCUCUUGACCACCGACGUGGAUGUCCAGUGGGGUAAAACACUCCAAAAUAUCGAAUCGUCCGCCGACACAAUCACUGCGCAAUUUGAGGAUGGAACCGCUCACACUGGCCGACUACUGGUUGCAUGCGAUGGAUCAAGAUCGCGGACCCGGGAGAUCCUCUACCCAGACAUACAAAUGAAUCAAUUACCCGUCCAGCUUAUCGGGGCGUCAACAUUGUACACCGCGGAAGAGAUGGGCGGCGCUGAAUCAAUCGACCCGUUCAUCUUCCAGGGUUCACAUCCCGAUUCCAACGUGUUCCUGUUCUUCAGCUUCCUCGAUACACCUAACAACUUUGAGAAUAGUAGCCAAGAUCGAUACCACUGUCAAAUCAUUGUCUCCUGGGCAGACUCGCAGGGUAUCGCCGUCCCCGAGGCUAACGCGGAACGUAUUGCCCUGAUCAAGAACUUGACCGAAAAUUGGUCGGAGCCAUUCAGAUCUCUUGUGCAAAAGCUCCCCGAUGACGUGGAGGCGCGCUCCAUUCGCAUAGAGGAUUGGAUGUUCCAGUUGGGAAGGGAGCACGCUCACCCCCGAGCGGUGCUAAUUGGCGACUCGGCGCACACCAUGACCAUGUUCCGCGGCGAAGGCGCCAACAACGCAAUUGUCGAUGUUCUCGAUCUCGUGAAGCGAUUGAAUCUGCAAGACGCUGGGGCUCUUGAUUCGGUCGCAUUAUCGGCAUCCAUUCCCGCCUACGAAAACGAUGUCUUCACACGCGCAGAGCCUAGCUUCUUGAACUCCCGACAGGCAUGUCUGGAUGCUCAUGACUUCUCCAAGAUUGAGGGCAGUCCUUUGGUAGGAUUACGAAACUUGAAGUAA